AUGGUGCCGUGUCCUUUCGCUCAGCGUUUGACUGAACAAUCCUCGUUGGGUGAAUUGAACACCCCUGGAGAAGCCGAGGCCGAGAACGACCCAAGUCGACGGCCCCAGUGCCCAUUUCAACGGUCUGUCGAGAGCGGCACGGAAGCGCCGAGCCGCAGCGGUGACCAAUGGACACACGCUCGCUCUGAAAGCAUCCUGUGCCCGCUGUGUCAUACACCGCCGGUGCCGCGCGCUGGCGGCUACGCCCUAGCACUGCCGUGCACACACGUGUACUGCGGCGCGUGCGCAGCGAACGGUGUACGCGACUGUCUACUCUGUGGGUGUACGGUCUCGGGGUUUGUGCAAGGCUCCGAGUACGUGAAGGAAGACGCACUGUUCGAGGAUAUUCGCCAGACGGCCGCAAAGUAUUUGACGCUGAACGCAGCUCAGCUAUGCGUGCAGCUCGGUGUCAAGCGCCGAGAACCGUUCCUGCUUGAAACCGCUAUUCGAACGUAUGCACGUGAGCUUGAGUGGAGUGAGCAGAAAGAGGCCCUGACUCAAUUGCAGGCUGAAGCAGUUUCUCCGGUUGCGUCAGCGACGUGCCCGUCGAUUGCAGAGGGUUCCGCGUCAGAAGAUGUUGUCGCGAACAACGGACCGUCCAUGGAGCUUGCGGAAGACGCAUGGCUAACAAUGCCGAAACUGCGUGCGCGAGUACUCUACGCUGUGGCGUGUGGGAUCCUCGCGGAAAUGAAGCUUUCUGCCGACUGGUCGUCCCUGGAGCUUGCAACACGUUCCGAUACUGUUCGAGAAGCAUAUCACUACGCAAAAACCUCAGUCGAUGUUCUUCUUGGUCUAGAUCGGUUGGGCUCACCAUUCAUUGAACAGGCUUUAGAGCAGAGUCUCAUGCGUUUGGAAUGGGCAGCGCGCGUGCUCAGAAACUUGCGAUCAUCGACUACGCGCGCAGACAAACUGCACCUGUCGACUGAAGCGGCUUAG